AUGGCCCAACAGGGCUUCAAUCAGUACAGCCACGGCGGCGGCGGGAGCAUCAAUCCAAAUGAACUCAACUUCAAUCAAGGCUUCCAGCAGAACUUUGGCGCAGGCUCCAACAACCAGAACAAUGCAUUCUCCAGUGGCUCGGCCGUCUUUGGCGAUGACGAACUACUAGAUGGGCUGGCAAGCCCGACUGAAGGAGGCUCGGGCAUGCAAGGCCAGGAGUUUUCCGGCAUGAAUGAGAUGAACAUGAGCUACAACCAGAAUGGAGGUGCCUUCAACGCGCACCCAAGUGUUCCGAUCGACCAGUCGCACAUGUCAGGCUAUUCCAACACACCCGACGGGGAUCCUAUCCAAAGUCCCUUCAUGCAGAACCUUGGCCAACACCGCUCCAUGCACGGCUAUGCGCAGCCUUUUGGCAACUCAAUACAGUCGCCCAUGUCCUACGCCGGCUCUCCCCUGGCCAACGAGAUGAACAAGGACCCCAACGACAACGCCCACAUCCAAGCUCGUCAGAGACUCCAGGCGCAGGCCAUGCAGCGCAAGGCUUCCAAUGCGAGGAGCCCCCUCACUCCUAAGAUGGGAGCGCUGGGCUUGUCUAUCGGUUCUCAAGACGGAUUCGGCGCUCAGCCAAUACGGACAGGCGGCGGUCCUCACCAUGUCAAGGCACCCUCUGGCCACUGGGCCCACACGCCAAACAGCAUGGCCUCAUUCCCUGGUUCUGGUCUGUCUUCACCGCUGCAGACCGAAAUGCACGGCGGCAAUCAUCAGAUCAACGAAUUCCUGAUGAAGGGUACGUCAAUGCCCACGAAGCUGGGCCAGGGAAAUGCGCUGUCCUCGCAGCAGGAGGCCAAGAAGAAGCGUCGCCGGGAGUCCCACAAUCUGGUCGAGAGGCGGAGACGAGACAACAUCAACGAGAGGAUCCAGGACCUUAGCAAGCUGGUCCCCGCCCACAGACUAGACGAUGAGAAGAUCCGCAAGAUGAUCACCAACGGCACUCCUCUGUCACCGACACUCUCCGGCUCUUCCAACCCAGGUACAGCGACAUCAGGCCUGGCUGGUCCAGGUGCCAGAAGAGCGACCACCGGAGCUGCGGGGAACAUAACCACGGGCUUGCCCAUGGAGGACAAGGACAAAGGUCCCAACAAGGGUGACAUUCUGAAUGGCGCCGUCAGUUGGACGCGUGAUCUCAUGUGGAUGCUGCAGGCCAAGAUCCAACAACAAGAGGAGCUUAUCAACUUGAUCCAUGAUCUUGGCGGUCAUCCCCCAUUCGGCAUCACCGAGGACGAGAAGAGAAUGCAGACGGAGCUGCUGGAGGCCCUUGCCAAGAAUGAGGCUACGGAGUUCACUUAUUCACGAACGGCAGGAACGGGUCUGAGAGUGCCUCAUCACACCGACUACAAGGGGGAGCCUCUCAACAGCGCCGACCACAGCACCGAGAUGAACUCGAUCAGCCCAGAAGGGGAUGCCAACGGCCAUCUUGGCAACGGAAUGUUGGAGGCCAACACCUUCUGGGAAGACGACGCGGAAGACAUCAAGUUCAACCGCAACAGCUUUGACGAAGAAGACGAGUUCAUGGAAUUGACGAACUAG